AUGGUCCAGCUUGGCUCUGGGGAGAUUUCCUGGGGAAGAAAUGGCGGGAGCGGAGCGGAGCGGAAUUUCCUCCCUUCCGCCUGUGUUGCAAAUCCCUGCAGCUCGACGAAGUCGAAAUCGAAAUCAAUUCGUUGUCGCGAGAGCAUCAUAAACGCAGCUGGGGCCAACAACGUCGCUCUUUUACCAACGCCCACGCAUAUCAGCAUCAGCAGCGCUAUGGCGGAUGUCGAAGAUGGAGCUGCCGCUCCCGUAUCAGAGCCUCUUGAUCUCGUUCGGCUCUGCCUCGAUGAAGUCGUGUUUGUGAAGCUACGAGGCGACCGGGAACUGAAGGGCAGGUUACAUGCCUAUGAUAGCCAUUGCAAUCUAGUUCUUGGAGAUGUUCAAGAGACAGUUUAUGUGGUCGAGGAGGAUGAUGAUGGGGAUGAGACAGUGAAGAAGACUAUACAGAAAAAGUCCGAGAUGUUGUUUGUUCGAGGUAAGCCUGCCCGCCUUCUCGAUCUACUGUUUGGUAUUAUAUCGGCUGACCAUCCAAAGGCGACAGUGUUGUCCUCAUAUCUCCUCAAGGGCUUUCUUGAAUUCGAAAUGAAUCGCGCUAUCCGAACACUUUGCAAUGGCGAUUAUAUAUUGGAGUUACUGAGGCAGGCCAGCGCUGUGAAAGCGGAAUACAAGGACCUUCUUGAAGAUGGAGGCUAUCGACACGGCCUCCUCCGUAAAAGGGAACAACUCGACUUAGCAAAAGAUCCAGACCCAGAUCCAACAACCAAUAAUGCGACUAAUUUACAAGGCAGACUUGAAACCAUGGCAGUGAGUGAUAUGAUGCGUAGAGUCAGCCCAGAGCUCCCUCUGAGUCGAAAUAUGCUGGUUGGUGAUUCACAAUGGUCCGGCCCCUCAUGA